AUACUACUACUGAAUAAUCAGGGUGUUAGGGUUUUGAACUCUCCCAUUUCUUCUUCGUCUUCACACGGUGCCUCCGGCAUCUUCCCCAGACGACGGCCAACUCGCACUCCUCCGCCGUACUUCAAAAUCUACCUGCAGAGCAGAACGCCACCGUAUAAUCCGUUGGACACUCAAGCUUGUGCAAAUUGAAGUUUGUUUAAUUCAAUUUUAAGCAAAGGUCAACAUGCAAGGUAUUCCUGGAGAAAAUGAACAUGCUCUGUCUGUUGUUGGUCCAAAGCCAAUGGAGUGGUCUACUGUUCCAUACAAUGCUCCUCGGGCUCCUGGGGCAAAUGGAAAACAACGGACCUCAAGUUUGGAAUCUCCUAUCAUGUUGCUGACCGGUCACCAGAGUGCUGUAUAUACCAUGAAGUUCAAUCCAACAGGAACUGUCCUUGCAUCUGGAUCCCAUGACAAAGAAAUUUUCCUUUGGAAUGUGCAUGGGGAUUGCAAGAACUUUAUGGUUCUAAAAGGUCAUAAGAAUGCAGUUUUAGAUCUUCACUGGACCUCUGAUGGGACACAGAUAGUCUCUGCCAGCCCUGAUAAAACCCUGAGAUUAUGGGAUACAGAAACAGGAAAACAAAUCAAAAAGAUGGUUGAGCAUCUCUCAUAUGUCAAUAGUUGCUGUCCUUCCCGGAGGGGGCCACCUCUUGUUGUCAGUGGCUCUGAUGACGGAACAGCAAAAUUAUGGGAUAUGCGCCAAAGGGGUUCUAUCCAAACAUUCCCUGAUAAAUACCAGAUUACUGCUGUCAGCUUCUCUGAUGCCUCAGAUAAGAUCUACACUGGUGGUAUUGAUAACGAUGUCAAGAUAUGGGAUUUACGUAAAGCUGAGGUUACCAUGACACUUCAAGGUCAUCAAGACAUGAUUACGAGUAUGCAAUUGAGCCCUGAUGGUUCCUACCUUCUUACAAAUGGCAUGGAUUGCAAGCUAUGCAUUUGGGAUAUGCGUCCAUAUGCUCCACAAAAUCGAUGUGUGAAGAUUUUAGAAGGCCAUCAACACAACUUUGAGAAAACUUUGUUGAAAUGUGGUUGGUCACCUGAUGGAAGCAAGGUCACAGCCGGGAGUUCUGAUCGAAUGGUUUACAUCUGGGAUACCACUUCUCGAAGAAUAUUGUAUAAGCUUCCUGGACACAAUGGAUCUGUUAAUGAGUGUGUCUUCCAUCCCAAUGAACCUAUUGUUGGGUCUUGUAGUAGUGACAAGCAGAUUUAUCUUGGGGAGAUAUGAAGCAUGGGGUUUUGAAACUAGCAAAAAUGAAAUGAGCAUGUUCAUGCUUUUCACAAUCAUUAGGGAUUGUAGACUUUAGACUUCCGGAUUCCUUGACUGUGUAACAUCCUGGUGAAACUGUUGUUGCUUUUGUUGCUAAUUAAUGUGUUUCAGAAUUUACAUUGCA